GGUAAGGCUACCGGUACGGUACCAUAACACGACCCCCAUUUUCACUAAGACUCUGAAGCGCGCAGCAGCAUAAGUAUUCACAAUCUCUCUCGCCAAUUUCUCGUUGAGUUUCAGAAAUGAAUAGCGCAAUAAAGGCGGCAAUUUUCAACCCACAAACCCAUUUAAGUCAGCUGAGGCUCGCUAUGUUUCAUUCAACUCCUGUUCUUGAACGUAGACGACGCAGCUAUUGGCAAACGCCGAGAUCUCAUCAGUAUUGCAAUGCAUAUUCCAAUAGGUUCAAAAAGAUGCAAUCGAAGAAAACUUUGUUGCGUAAUGUUAGCUCUUAUGCGGAUUACCUCUUUCAGGUUGGUGUACAUGUUGCUAGAGCUGGCAAGAAGGCCUUUUUUAGGAUGAUCCGUCGACAAGCAAAGGCCCGUCAUGGAGGUUUCCAGUUUUGUGAAGAUGACGAUGAAAUUGAUGUUGAUGUCGAGAGAAUUUUGGGAUCUGUAUUUGGCAAGAGCCGCUGCUUCUUUUGGUCCUUCAUUCAUGAAGAGAAGAGUAAACGGAGGAGCUCAUCUAGUUAUUAUUAUGAAUAUACGAAUUCCAGGAAUUGGAGAGCUCGAAUUGAAGAGGAAUAUGAGUCCUCAACAGAGUCAGACAAUUUAGACUCAGACAUGGCUUCAGAUAGGCAGGCUCUUGGACUAAGUGCUUAUGGUCCUCUAAAACUUGAAGAAGUUAAAACUGCAUAUCGAGUGUGUGCACUGAAAUGGCAUCCAGAUCGUCACCAAGGUUCUUCCAAGGUUGUCGCGGAGGAAAAAUUCAAGCUGUGCAGUCGAGCAUACCAAUCUUUAUGCGACAAACUAGCUGUGAACUAAGGUUCUCGCAAUUCGUGUGAAAUCCGAAAGCUAUUUCCAUUCAACUCCCGGCAACUCUUGAAGCGUGCUAGCAGAUGCAACGAGCUUAUUACAAUUAAUACGAGUUUUGCAGCUUUAGAGCUUCGAAGAAAUGGUGCUUUGGAUGACUAGAAUAGGUUUACUCUGUGAUAAUAUCCGUUGAUGGCAAUGACAUCCUUUUUUUCCAUUGCCAAUUCUUAUUUAUGAAUUCAGGUUUACUAGAUGGUUCUUUCAGAAUAAACCAAAGUUGAAUCUUGAUGGAAAUUACAAACUUCAGUGCUCUGUUUCCUUCAGGCAGGUUUUAAAUUUAGGGUUCUUUGGAUAUGUGUGUUAUGGAACUUUAGGAUGUUCCAUUAUGUUGUAACAAUACCUCAUAACAUUAUCUCAUGUGAACCAUCGGAUUGCCACCAU